AUGCCUCACUACGAUUCCGUGGCAUGUGUUGCCAUGAUCGGCGCAUAUUCCUUGGACAGGAAUCUCGCUGAAGCAAAACAUGUGUUCGAUGCCAUGAGCUACAAAGACAUAAGAGCCUGGAGUGCCAUUGUCGCAGCAUAUUCCCAGAACGGGCAUCUUUCCUACUCGAAGAAACUCUUUGACGAGAUUCAUGAACCAAAUGUUUAUUCGUGGACGACGCUUUUGCAAGGAUAUGCCGAGAAUGGUUGCGAGGAGGUUGCGAUUGAGCUGUUCCAGGAGAUGGAUCUCAGUGGUGUGGAGCCGGACGAGGUAACUUUCCUUGGCCUUCUCACAGCGCUCUGUCAAGUCGGGAAGCUAGAGGAUUGUUUGAUCCAGUUUGCAUCGAUGAGCGAGCGAGGAUUGAGACCAAGCUCGGAGCACUACUGUUGCAUGGUCGACGCUCUCGGGCGGUCUGGACAAGUUGGAGAAGCCGAGAGAAUCAUAAACUUAUUGAAAAGAUCACCCGAUAGUGGAGCUCUUGAAGGUCGUGACGCAGCUUGGUUUACUUUGCUUGGAGCCUGUAGAAGCCAAGGGGACGUUCAUCUCGGGGUCCGUGCUGCCGCAAACGCGACGACGUCUUAUAAGAACCACCAGAAGCUUUACAGGCUUCUCCACAACCUCUAUGCGGGAUCUUAG